AAUCAGCAUUUGGGAUUUAUUUGCGCAGGUGAAGUCUUUCGUUUGUCCACAUUGUCAUUUAUGUAUGUCAUUUAUUUUUAGCUACACAUUUCUGAUUAUUGCAACAACAAAAAAACAUAAGAUCCGUGUUAAUAAAAUUCACAGGCUCACCGAAAACAGUUGCGGACUGCAAACAAAAAUAUGAAUAUUGUAGGACGUGGACGAAGUUGGUAUUUGUAUUAACAGCUGAGCCUGCAGUGCAACCAGGCUAACUAACCUGAAGCUUAGCUAGCUUCUCUAAACGGCGUUAUUCACAGGAAAAUCUGCAUCUGUUCAGCAACUACAAAAAGAAAAAUGACUUCAGCCUCAACGAAGGUUGGGGAGAUCUUCUCAGCAGCAGGAGCUGCUUUCACCAAGUUAGGGGAGCUGACCAUGCAACUGCACCCCGUGGCUGACUCCAGUCCUGCAGGAGCUAAGUGGACGGACACUGAGAUUGGGCAGCUGAGAUCGGCCGUGGUGAGGUUUGGUGAUGACCUGAACUCCCUCAGCGCUGUCAUCAAGGAACGCACCGUGGUCCAGAUUAAAAGUACAGUGAAGAGGAAGCUCUAUGACGAGACCGGGAUGCCCAUUUCCACCGACUCCCCAAAAAAGACCGCCAAGAAGACUGCUGUUACCAUGGCCACCACGGCAACACCAACUGUCAUUGCUGUGCCGACCUCAAAGGUCGUCAUGAAGGCAGGUGUCCAGGGAAAUGUGACUCUGGCCAUUCCCACAAUGAAGAAACAGAAGUCUGCAGCAGAUGUGACUCUGAGUGCUCUGAAUGACUCUGACGUCAACUCUGACCUGGUAGACAUAGAGGGACUGGGAGAGGGAUCCAACUCCAAGAAACUCAACUUCGAUCAGGACAACCUGAACCUCGACUCCAGCUUCAUCAUGAACUCCAGUGACCUGCCGCUCCUCUCUCGUUGACCUCAAGAUGUUUUCAAUAGCACCCUAUUUCCUACAUAGUGCGCUACUUUUGACUGGAGCCUUAUGGACCCUGGUCAAAUGUAAUCUGCUAAAUAGGGAUUAGAGUGCAAUUUGAGACGCAGCCCAGACAUCUCUCCUAUGGACAACAGCCGAGAUCCUUCAGAUUUCCCUUGGCGGAUCUCUGUGUGCAUCUGAAAAGGCACCUUAUUCCCUGCUUUUAAGCCAAGGCCUAUGAGGAUGCAAAUUUCUCUUGCAUGAGGAAUGUGUUGGUGGAUGUAAAUAAUGGUAUUAUUUAUUCAUACACGAUUGAUUUGUACUACACAAAAAGCUAAUGUGCAGAGAUGCAUGGCCAAGGACUACAGUGUGUAGAUUUUGCCAUCUUGGUUUAUGUCAACUAUGAUAUCUGGGUAGGUGGCCCUGCGAAUUCCCCUUUGACAAUGCUGCAACUGCAAACUUGUAUACGGUAUCAUGUACUUGUGAACCCAGUGUUGAGCUCACCAGCAAAUUAAACUGGUAUUUGAAAAGCAUACUGGAUAAUAUAGAUAUGAACACAAUUGUAUCAAAGGACAGGAAUUAGUUUAGUGCAGUUUUCUGUUUGAAACAGUGGAUUAUCUUAUUGUUCAAAACAUGACCCAUGAUCCUUCAAGGUAAUUUUUUGGGGGCAAAUAUUUCUCGGUCAGUUACUGACAAAUAUUUGUAGUUUUAUAGAGGCUUACUCUAAAGACAAUCAAAUGACCAGUGUGAUUUGCUGAAUUAUGUUGAAUAAAUUGACUUAGUAAACUUGUAGUUGGUAAUAUUUAAUUCAGGAGUCAUGUCACUCAAUGUGUAGUCUUUAUUGAAAUGAGAUUUUUAUACAAUUGAAAACACUAGUGGGCACAGUAAGUGUAAAAAAAUAUUUAAAACACCAGAUGGGUGCAGUGAUGUUUUAGUGUCAGCCAUAUUAGUAUGGCGUGCACCCCUGGAGCAAAUUAGGAUUAAGUGCCUUUGCACUAGGGCACAGAGAUUUUUCACCUUGUCGGUUUAGGAAUUCGAACCAGCUACCUUUUGGUUACUGGCUCAAACUGCUAGAGUGGUUAAAUACUAGGGUUGUGAAAUUAGGCCUAUUUCCGCUUACACAAUAUCCCCAACUUUAUAAAAUGAAGUAAUAUAUUCAAAUUCUCACCAACCCCCAAUAGUACACAUGAGGGACAGCCAGGCACAUUGUAAAAAUAUGCCACUGUAAUACCACUAACACAGAGCUUCCGAUAAAACAUAACCGAGUAAAAUAAAAAUGGCAGAAUAUGAACACAGGAAUUGAUGCCAUUUUAGCUCCAGGUUGAGGAGUAGGUAAAGAUGUAUUGUAGACAAGGGUGUGGCUGAC